AUCUAAGUAAGCGAAGCAGAUUAGACGUACCGGAAGUUCCCAGCUGUCAGUUUGUCUGCCCUGUCUGUGAAGAUGGCGGCGCUCAGAGCAUUAGGGAGACUGCGGGCACCUUCAGGUCUCUUGUCCGGCAGCUGGCUGAGGUUGCCCCAGCCCGUCAGAGGAAAGCAAUGGCAGCCAGAUGUAGAAUGGGCAGAACAGUAUGCAGGGGCUGUAAUGUAUCCCAGCAGCAUUACAGAGAAGUGGGUCCCUGCCCCCUGGAAUGACAAGGACCCGCCAGCAGAGAAAGAGGUCUCCAACCUGACUAUAAAUUUUGGUCCUCAGCAUCCAGCCGCUCAUGGAGUGCUGCGCCUCGUCUUGGAGCUCAGUGGAGAGUCUGUAAAACGUUGUGAUCCUCACAUUGGACUUCUUCAUCGGGGCACUGAGAAACUUAUUGAGUACAAGACCUACCUCCAGGCAUUACCUUAUUUUGACCGUUUGGACUAUGUCUCAAUGAUGUGCAAUGAGCAAGCAUAUUCCUUGGCUGUGGAAAAGCUCCUUAAUAUCCAUCCUCCCCUUAGAGCUCAGUGGAUUAGAGUACUUUUUGGAGAACUUACUCGAAUUCUUAAUCACAUUAUGGCCGUGACUACUCAUGCCCUUGAUAUUGGAGCCAUGACCCCCUUUUUCUGGAUGUUCGAGGAAAGAGAAAAGAUGUUUGAGUUUUAUGAGCGGGUCUCCGGUGCAAGAAUGCAUGCUGCUUAUGUCCGCCCCGGAGGUGUCCAUCAGGACAUGCCCCUCGGUCUAAUGGAUGAUAUUUACGAAUUCAUAAAGAAUUUCUCUAUUCGAAUUGACGAGGUGGAGGAGGCUGGUUUAGAUAAGAUGGCUCGAGGUCAUAUGCUUGCAGAUGUUGUUGCUAUCAUUGGAACACAGGACAUUGUUUUCGGGGAAGUGGAUCGAUAAUGUUUCUUCCAUGCCAAAGUAAGCUGGAGGGAGUACAUAGAAGCUCAGCCUGAUGCCCACUCUGCUACCCGCCAGUUUUGUUGUGGACUUUGUCGAGAACAGAAGCAAAUGUCUUAUUUAAGAUUGUGCUUUCGUACCUCAUGCUGAAAAUAAAUGCUCUGUUUUCUCUA